AUGGGUGGUGGAGAGUUCCCGCCCGACCGCCGGCUCACGCUUCGCAAGGCAACUCUGGCCGACCUCGACGACCUAACCACCGUUGCACAGGCUGGUUUCCCCGACGAUCCUGAGUUCGAUUACCGCUUUCCAUUCCGCCAUGAGUUCCCCGAGGACAAUCGCUAUUGGGUCCACCAAGAAUAUCGCGAAUAUCUCGAGCAGCCCGACAAAUAUGCCGUUGUAGUGAUCACGGCCGAGGACAACGACAACCGGCCCGUGGCGUUGUCGGUUUGGGAUUUGAACGUGACGAUCCCCCACCAGGGUGGAGAUCUCGGCAUACCCGACGACGACUCCCGCGUGCCCCGUCGCCAUGACGCCAACCCUUCCCACUUCCGUGAAUUUGCGCGCCGGAUGACGCAAGGAUUCCAGGAUUUCUUUGGCGCUCUGGGACACGACCAAAUCCAUCUCUGGCUGCUGUGCACGUCCCCUGCCUUUCGCCGCCGUGGUGCGGGCACCCAGCUGUGCCGAUGGGGGAUCAACCUGGCCGCUCAUCAAGGUGUGCAUACAACAGUCCUAGCCAGUCCAAUGGGGAAGAAGUUGUAUGAGCAACUCGGCUUUGUAUUGAAUGGUUCUUUUAUCAUCCAGGUGGAGGGCGAGGAGGCGAAACUCGAGAUUUGGGCGUUGAAAAAAGAGAAAUGA